AGCCAGAGCACUAGUACUGGGGCGGAUAGACUCACGAUAAGCCUCUGGUUGACCUUGCUUUCCCUAGCUGACAGACCCAUACACCGUUCACAAAAAACAUGACAACCUCUUUACCUGCGAUGCCUGCAUUACCCAGCUCGGGAUUCCGCUUUUCUAAAGACCAGUUGGUGGUUGCAGUGCCUGUUGCAGUGAUUGCAGCUUUGGGAGGUUUCCUGGCCAGCCAUUACUUGAGCGGGCGGAGCUGUAAAAAAGGCCAGGUGAACUCAUCAGUCAGUAAAGACAGUCCCAAAGUGGUCCACAGCUUCGACAUGGAGGACAUUGGCACCAAAGCUGUGUACUGCCGCUGCUGGAAGUCAAAGAAGUUCCCUUACUGUGAUGGAGCCCAUGCCAAACACAACGAGGAAACCGGGGACAACGUUGGACCACUCAUCAUCAAAAAGAGGGAUGCUUAAUCCAAUAGCUCAACCCCAUGCCCCCUAACCCCCCACCCAUGUACCGGCCAGAGUUUGUUCAAUCAUUAUCAUUACAGCAUCACAAUGACAGUUAGAGUGUGAUUCUUCAAAAUUAAACAAAUCCUUCACAGUAAUACUCAGUGUUUAAACUUCUGACACAUUCAGAUUGUAUUGAUUCCAAACGAAUCCAGUAUGAACGGUAAGACUUAACAAUCAAAGGUCAUCGAGAAGAGAUAAGGGGACAAUCAGAAAGCUCAGACAUAGAAGAACUUCAAUGGGAAAAACGACAUUUUGAGCGUCUAAAUGUGUAGAGGUUGAUCAAGAAAAACUCUCUGGGCCUUACGUCAUUGAAAUACUUCCCCAUGCAGGCGACCUUCUGGUCUCCGUUAGUUUUUGAGUAGGUUGUUGAACGCCAUAAACAGUAGCUCUUUGCCUCACCUUGCUCAGCAUAUCCUCUUCCAUUCAGCAAAGGCCUUAUUUUGAAACUUCAGCACUUAUCUUGCCAUGGUAGUUGGUCUUCCCAAUGUAACAGUGUCAUGGCUUAAGAUGACACGACUUGCCCACACUUUUCUAAAAACAAGGUAAUCAAAAGCUCGUAUGAAGAAAAAGUCGGCUGCAAACUGUGAAAAGAAAGCGUCUGCUCCGUGCAGCAGCAGCAGGGUCACAGCACAUUGGGAGUCACUGUCUACGGUCUCCUCAUCACUGCAUUCACAUCGAUUCAGGCAAACAGCAGAUCAACUCCAUCUUCUGUACCUGACGCAGGAGAGAAACAUUUAGUCCACCUGAGCGGCAUGAUGGCAGGGUUUAGCUCAUCGUUGUCAUCACAGGUUUUAAUUGUAGAUUUGGUUGUGGAGGAUGUAACGUUGUCUACAAUGAUUGUUGCCAGUAUUUAUUUGGCCCGUUCACUCACACACUGAACUCCUCAACAUGUGCAGCCAUUACCUGAAUGUAUGUCUGAAUCGGCCGAUAAGACAUCGAGCCCCUAAGAAUAAAGUAGUGUCUGGAUGAUGUGUAAUAGAGCAGAUACUGAACAAGUACAUUCAAAUCAUACCAGUGGGCGUGUUAGCGGUGUCUUUGGCAUCGCAGGUAGUAAAUUGUUUUAAACUGGUUCUGCUUGUUUGCAUAUUUCUUUGCACUCUUUCAUUGAUACUGCAGUUCAGUCUCAAUACUUAUCUUAGCGAAAUCAAUGGAAAACGGUCAAUGGUCACACAAGUUCCUGAAAGCUCUAUCCAGGUCCCUGACCUCCCCCCCUUUACCUUACCAAAAUGUAGAAGUUCCAGUUGUUGUCAAUUUGUUUGAAACAGACAAUCUCCUGCUGUCGUCGACUACAUCUCUGAUUCUCAGGACGCUGUCAGAGGUUCAUAUACACAUCCUGCUUUUUCUAGCUCGACACAUUUCUGAUGUCCUGCCCUCUUCCACUACGAUGAUAUCUUGAUUGCUUUCAACUAUGGCUUGAAUCCAUGUGAAUGCAGCGUAAACUCUACGUCAUGAAAUAUGAAGAUGAAUCUUUAAAACCAGUGUUGUCACAGGUUAAAUGAUCGGUGUAAAAAUGUUCUCACCGUGGCUUCCCUACCUCGAGCUCAGAGCGUAUACAUCAUUAUAAAACCCAUGUGAAUGUUACACGUUUUGAUUUUUGCACAAAGAGCUGCUUGGUCGGAUUAAAGAACAGUCAUAUUUGUCUUAAAUUGAAUACAAUAAUCUGUCCAAACAGUCAGCUGUUUGUAACCACUUACAGUUUGCCUUGUGGAAACUUGUAUUUAAUCUGUCAACUGAUCAAAGACUCUGCUGAUAAUGGAUAUAUUUUUGCUUGCUCAUUGGAUUUAUUUUCGAAUGGCUUUGGUGUGUCUGACAUGAUUAAUUUUUUCUGUAUAAUGUAAAUAAACGUAUUGUAGCGUU